ACCACACCACCCGCAAAAUCCAGCCGGGUACACGACAACUUCGUCCUCUCCCUUCCCCGUCUCCAUCCACUCUCCCCUCAUCACCUCCCUCCAAUUGACUCCGGUCCAACCUACCGACCCGCCAUGUCGUCUUUCUCUGUCUUCCGUCUCGCGACCCGCGCCGUCCGCCCUGCCAGCUUCGUCCGAGCUCCUCUGGUCCGCUCCCGGGUGCAGACCCCCAUUACCAUGGCCGCCCGCGCCCGCACUUUCGGCACCACCGCUAAGCUCUCCUCCGGCCACGAGGAUGAGACAUACGAGGAGUUCUCCGCACGAUUUGAGAAGGAGUUCGAGGGUGUGCAGGAUGUUUUCGAGCUUCAGCGCAACCUGAACAACUGCUUCGCCUACGAUCUCGUUCCCUCCGUUGAGGUCCUCACCGCGGCUCUCCACGCCGCUCGCCGUGUCAACGACUACCCCACUGCCGUCCGCGUUUUCGAGGGCAUCAAGGCCAAGGUCGAGAACCAGGAACAGUACAAGCAAUACCUCGAGGCCCUUGAGGGUCUGCGCCAGCAGCUUGGUGUUGCUCUCCGGGAAGAGCUCUUCCCCCAGGAGGAGUAAAUUUAGCGUCUUGAAUUCUGUCUUGUGUUCUUACACCAAAUCCCCCCGCGCCUCAUCAAUUUUCUUUCUUUCUCACUCCGUACCGUACCCACACAAACUUCCCCCGUGUCACCGAUGGCUAUAAUCAUGCGCAUCCGUUCGCGUUGGUUGGGACGCUGAUCGGGUAGAAGAUUGAAAGCUGUAUACAUACUUUUAGAGAUCUCCUGUGUUGUUAGUGCCGUUGUCUGGAAAAGGGUCUUGUGUACCAUGAAUGGUGCUUAAUUCAUCUUUGUCGUGUUUCUUCA